AUGUGUGUUCAAUUACUAUAUAAUGAUGUUGUUGUAUGGAAACAAUUCUGUGAACCAUAUCCUGUAUCUAUAUACUUUAGAUCCUAUGACUCCUAUGACUCUACCUAUUGUGCCAUAUUAUAUUUGAACUUUGAUCCAUAUUAUUAUACAUAUGUUUAUGAUGGUAAUAUGUGGAUUCUUAGGAAAGAUUUGUCUCAUUGUUAUUCCUUUAAACUAGAUCCAUCUAUGCAUCCCAAAGAUAUCACUAUUGUAACUGAAUCCGGUGGUUCUGAGGAAUCUUCUAGUUCUGCUAAGGAGGAAUCCGCUGCUACUGCUGCUGGUUACACUGUAUAUGAUCAUGGUGAUGGAAUAUACUUGUAUGAUUUUGGCACCGCCAGAUGUUCAGAGGUUAUGUAUCGUGGCCAAACUGUUUCCAAGCGACAAUCUGGUGGUCCAUAUCCUAGAAGAAUUGUUUUUGAUACAGAAUCUCUCACAUUUGAGUUUGAUUUCAAGAACAAGACUGCAGUCUAUAAACUCAAUGCUGGUGGUUGGUACAUAUCUGAAGUUUCUGAUAAUUUAGAACACUUUAAAUAUGAAUUUCCUGAGUGGAUCCUAAAACAAACAUAUCAUAGAUUUGGUUCCAAAUUGUCAAUGAAAAAUCUGAAAAUCUUGACCUCUGACGAAACCGAUGGUUCAGGUGCCAAACCCAUAAAUGUCCACAGCUCCAUGCUACUUUAUGAGAAAUGGCAAUUUGGCUAUUACUAUCCCGUCCAUACAUUAUAUCUUGAACUAAGAUACAAGAAUCAAGUACUUUUCAAGAGCACUGAGUAUCCAUAUAGAGGAAGACCAAGGAUAGUUCUAUUUGAUGAAAAUAAUAAUAAUAUAUGGGUUUUUUUCAGUUCAGGAUUCAGUUUCUCAUUAAACUAUAUAGAUCAUUCUGAUGAAACGGUUCUUAAGGCUGAACCAGCUAAUCACACAGAGCCAGUUGAGUUCAAGACUGAACGUAAGACUGAUGCUCCCUCUAUUAGUCCAGAAGUUGCUAACUAUGAGUCAACACCUAAGUCCAAACCUACAAUUACCAAGAUCUCCCUAGAUAUCAAUACUACUGAGAGUACUGAUGAUUAUGACUUCAAUGACGAGAAUGGAGUCAUUACUUAUACUGCUAAGUCUGGCUGUUUGUUCAGUAAGGUAACUCAGGGUAAUAAGGAUAUAUGGAAAUCCAAGAAUAAUGUCUUUGCUAAUUUAGCUAGAUCUAAGUCCAAGGAUGAUGGAAUAUAUUUGGCCAUACUACUGACAAAUAAUAUGUUCAAACUGUUCAAACAGGAGGGCGAUGGUAACUGGACUGAUAUCACUAGCCAGAGGUCAGAUGUUACUAAUCUUAAAUUCCUUGAUGACAAUGAUACUGAACUCAAGGCAUCCGACUACACAAUUACCAUUAUCUAUCUAUCUUAUGAAUACACUUUCAAACCUGGAGUUAAGUGUCGUAAGAUCAGAUACAAUAAUAUACCUAUUUGGAACCACUCUGAUGAUACUAGAUUUUCAAAAAUCAAGAUAUUUUCAAUGGGUCUUAUUACAAACAGUUUUUUCGUCUUUAACAAUGAAUUUGAAUCAAAAAAACUAGAAUUUAAACCAACUCCUGAAAAAUCUGAACCAGAACCUACUACUACAGUUACUAUUCUUGAGGCUCCAGAAGCUGAGGCUGAAGUUGAAACUCCCGAAACUGAGACUAAACCUGCUGAAACUCCACAAGAAACUCCUAGGACUGCUCCAGAGACUACUCCACCUGAAACUACACCUACUACUACUCCCGAUGCAACGGCAACUGAACCAGCGACGACUCCUGUCAUUACCCCUGAGACUACACCCCUUCCUCCUAAAUCAAAAGAUUCGCGUGAAGAAGUAUCAAUUACUCUACUUAAUUUAGAUAUUGACCAAAAGAAAGAUGGCAAAGGAUUUUAUUUUUGUGCAAACGAUAAAAUUGGAACAUUUACAGCAAAUUUUGGUUACGGAUUUAAUGUUGUUACACAAAAGGGAAAUGAGAUUUGGAAAACUAAUGAUAAUGAGAACUAUGGGACCAAAAUAGUAAUUGACGGUGUUUCUAUUUGUGGGACUACAAAAAAUAUUGAUAUAUUCUUGGUCAAAGGAGUGAUGAAACAAUUUAAUAGAUCUGGUAAGAAUAAACCGUGGAUGGAAAAAUCUAAAAUAAUAACUCUUGACCUUAAAAACAUUGAGAAGAAGAUUGAGUAUAACCGUAUUGUUGAAGAUAUUUUUACAACGAUUACCACAAAUUAUCCUUUCUUGAUCGAUAAAAUAGUUAACCCAAAGACGUUUUUCUCAAAAUGCUGUGGAUCAAUUUGUGUUUCAAAAUGUUGUGACUCCAAUUGUCGCGGUUCGGAAUGUUGUGGCACAAAUAAAUUCAUUUGGGAAUCUAAAAUCAUAAUUGGUUCAGAUAGUAAAGUUAUUGAAAAGCACGCAAAUAAAGUAAUAUUCGCCAAUCCGAGUAACAAUAUGAGAUAUUUGGCAAUAUUGCUUACGACAGACGAAAUUGUCCUGUUACAUAAUUCAUGUGUACGUAAGUGUUGGGAAGAUAUCACUGGUACCAGGAAUAGUAUAUCAGAUCUUAAGGCUAUCAACGAAGAUAACACUGAACUUGAUUCAAGCCAAUAUAAAUUAGAGUUAAAUAAGUUUUCAUAUGGAAUUAAGUUCAAUUACAGAGUCAAGUGUAGUAAGAUACUAUAUAAAGAUAAGGUAAUUUAUAAUUAUGAUGGAAACAAAGACUUUGAAUUUUUAAGGGGAAUAUAUCUUUAUCUAUCUUCAAACAGGUUUUAUAUUGUGGGUCGUGAAAACGUAACUAAAUUACUAGGUGAAGAAAAUGAUCUAAUAACCUUGGAUGUAAAGAAAAAACAAAGCACAAUUGAAUACCAAUUUGUGGAGAAAACAAAUUAUGGAUCUUUUGUUUGUAGAGAUAGUUUCUUUUUUAAUAAAAUAACUUAUAAUGAUAAACUUGUAUGGGAAUCUGGUAGUGACAAAGAUUAUUCGUACAAAGUCGUUUUAGAUAGUGGAUCUGGAUCUUCUAGUUUGAAAAACAUCACUUUACAUUUAGUUAGUGGAAACGUUGUGUAUUUCUAUAAUACAAGUAAUUUGUGUCAAGGAGCCAAAUGGUCAGAAAAAUAUAAAACUGUUUCACUAAAUAUUGAUAGAACUUCGAGUGGAACUGAAUUCGAUUAUAAAGGGGAGGAGGGAAAGAAUAUAUUCAGUGCAAAAAGUGGUUAUGUGUUUUAUAAGAUAAUAGACUCAGAAAUGAUCUUUUGGGAUUCAAGAAGCCAUUUUGAUUUUGCAAAUAAAGUUGUGUCCUAUGGAACUGGUUCAAAGAAAGACAAGGUCUUAUUGUUUCAUGAAAAUAAUACUGUGACAAAUUUUUAUAAAGCUGAUAAGUGGUAUUCAGUAAUUGGUGUGACAUUAGAUAUUAGCUUAAGCAAAGAUGGUAAUUCCUUUUUUUAUGCUGAGGAUUACAAGUUGAACGUUGAAGUUUAUUAUCCUGAGGAUAAAAGGGCGUUCUUUAAAGUGAUUCAGUCAAAAACCUUUGAAUCAGAUAAAAUUAUUUGGGAAGCGGAAAAUCCUGAAGAGUAUGCCACUAAAGUCCUAACUGACGGUUGUGGUAAAUCAAGUAAAAAUAGGGUAACUAUUCAUAUGUCUAAUGGAGAGAUCAAGCACUUUUAUAGUGGUGGUAUGCGUAAACCAUGGUUAGAAACUUCUGGUAAAAUAAUCCUUGACAUUAAGAAAAAGAAGAGCACCAUUGAGAUUGAUUACGUAGAAGGAUUUUUCAAAACUUUCACCCCAAAACCUGGAUACCAAUUCAAAACCGUAAUGCUUGGUAGUUCGUGGACCUGGCUAGUCUGUGGUUCGAGUUGUUGUAAGUCAGCAUGUCUUGGAGAUCAUAUUUUUUGGGAAGCGCAAACUGAUGAGGAGUAUGCAACCGAGGUCAGAAUAGUACCCUUUAAAUCAUCUGAAUAUUUGAUAAUUUUUGUUAACGAAUCAAAAUUUGUACUGUUUCACAAAGGCGGAAAGGAUAAAACCUGGAAUGACAUAACAGAGACGAGAUAUGACCUUGCAAAUCUCAAAUUCUAUAAAAAAUAUAACGAUUCUGAAUUUACCGUAGUUGAUUCUGGCCAAUAUAAAAUAACAAACAAAAAUACCUCAUACAUUUAUACAUUCAAAUGUGAUGCUGAAUGUGAUCUAAUUCAAUAUAUGGACAAAACUCUUUAUAUAUUUAAACCUGAUUUUGGAUAUCCCUCAAAAAUUUAUUUCGAUAUUUAUAGAAAUAGUUUUCACGCAUUUUUCUCAGAAGAUGCGUGCCAUAGACUUUAUUUAGGUGAAGAAAUUGAAGCUAUAAGUUUAGAUAUUGGUAUAAAAAAUAGUACCGAUGAGUUUGAUUAUGUUCAGACAGAAGAAGUUGAAAGAUACAUACCGAAAGUAGGUUUUAUGUUCAAUUCUUUGUUCGAAAAAAGGACUGGUUAUUAUUAUACAGAUUGCUGUAAAUUUGAUUGUUGCGGGGGUGAAGGUUGUGAAUCUGAUUGUUGUGAGUGUGAGUGUGAGUGUUGUGACUCUGAUUGUUUCAGCUCUGAUUGCUGUGAUUAUGAGUGUUUUGAGUCUGGAUUAUGUAGUUGCAAAUGCUGUUAUUGUCAAUGUUGUGAUUUUGAUUGCUGUGGCUCAUCUUGUUGUGCCACAAAAUGUUUCAGUUUUGGAUGCCGUCGUUCUGUGAAUCAAGUUAUUUGGAAAACAGAAGAUCCCCUUGAAUAUUGCUCUAAAGUCAUAAUAGAUUCUUCUGAAGAGGAUGAACAAACCUUAACGGUCAUCAAGCCCGAUGGUUUCAAACAGGUGUUUACCAGAUCACUUAAAACUGAACCAUGGGAAGAAACUACUGAAAAUAAACGAAUUAUAGAAACAUCUGAAUCCGAACAACAAGAUGAUUAG